AAUGAUAAUUUGAUAUUUGAUGUUCAUUCACGCGUUGCUGGUCUACUUUCUACAUCUUGUGUAUCAUGUAAAGGAAACGUAGGUUGUUCAUUUUUAUUCCGUGGAAUAUUGGAAAAAUUUGCAAAUUGUCCAUUAUAA